AACCAAAGUGAUAACAACGCUACCGUUCUUUGUGUAAAAUGCGACUGCAAGUUGCUUUGCUCUUCCUUGUUUACACUGAGGGUAAAAAGAAGUCCAAGGUUUCCGAUGACGCUGUCAUCGACAAUUUGGACGUGUUCCCAGCGCCGUUUCCGUCGCCUGUCCCUUUCGGCCACAUAUUCAAAGAUGGAAUAGGAGAUGUAGUGCCAGGCUUGAAGCAGCCAGUAGACCUGUUAGAGCUGGACCUUUUCAUACCAACGCGAGAUGAGCAAGAUAAGUACCUAAAAAAAUUACCAAAGCAAAAUAUUAUCAGAAUUAAUAAUAAUCCAAUAGAAUUCGCCAACCCUCGAGACAAAUAUUUGCGCUUCAACCUUAACCAAGCCGAAGAAAUUGCUAGGGAAGGCGUGACUACGUCACCCAAUAAAACCGACGACAGACCGCAGUGGUUUAACUUCGAAGUCAUCCUGGAGAGGAACUUCAAUACUCCGAGGCCGGCUGUAGCUCUAGCAGCAAGGACUCCAAAGCCAGAUCGUUUUGACGAGAAUUCUGCGAACGGACCAGACCAGGAAAUUCAAUCUAAUGAUGUACGUAAAAGGAACUAUUUUUCCGCGCACACCUACAGUUUGUUGAAGGACCCUCACACAGCACCGAUAUAUGACCACUGGACGACGUGUGACCAGUUUGAGAGAAAGACUCGUAAAUUUCACCCGAAAGAUAUUGUGGACCUCGAUUGGAUUCCGUUCUAUGUUUGGACGACUAGACACUUUGUGGUUUCAGUUGUUCAUCGAUUCUCCUUUCCUACAAAAAAGACGGUUCGAGAGUACAGACAGACUUACGGACCCCACAUAAAUAAGACUGUAUACUGGGAAAACCCGAAGCUCCUGCUUAAGGAGGAUAUGGAGCUGCUGCUCAUAGCUGCAGACAGGAAUGGUCUGUUCCACGGAAUCCCAAGGCUGAAAAUUCCGUCAAAUUUUAAAUUUGACAACAACACCAAAUUCCCGGUCAUCACGAUGCGAAUCAAAAUCGAAGAUCCGUACCUAGCCAUGAUGUUCUGCGACGAGUAUUACGCUGUCAUCAUGGCCACUACCAACUCUGGGCCUUUGACUGAUGAGGAGAAGACGGAGGAGGCUACUAUCAUCAACUUCAAGGGUACCGGCUUCCCGGUAUCGAGGGACUUGGAGCUGGAGGAUAUAAAGAAGAAGGGUGAGAUAGAACAGCGACAUGAGGAGGAGGAAACGAAAUAUAUCAAAGUUUUGGACACGGGCUUCGAAAUCGAACGAGAGUGAGAUCUCUAGGUAUAUUUCUUGCAACUCACGAAGCGAAGGCGAGUGAGCUUUACUUGUGUGUAAUGUCUAUCAAAACUUUUGAAAAACGAACAGUAGCGGGACACCACACAUGUAAAGCUCACUCGCCUUGGUGAAUUGCAACAACUAUAAUAGGUACUUUGGUUAUUAGAUUGAUUUUUGUGGUAUAUUCACUAUGUCACAUAACUUAGUUGAUCACAAUAGAUCUUACUUACUCGUACAUAUCAAAUAAACAUUAUUAUGUACCUGCUUUCAAUGCAACGUUAAUUCUAGUUCAAUUUUUUUAACAAAAUUACUUAACUAUUUGACUAAUUUAAAGAGUUUCUUUAACACAAAUUGAAUACAUACCAAUCUAUAAUUUUACAAAGCUAUAAUUUUUCCCUAAUUUUGUAAGCCAAUACAACAACACUGAGAAGUAAUCGAAGAUAAGUGUAUUUACAUUAUUAACUCCUAGGAAUGGAAAAAAAUUGUCAAUGUUAGCCGGCCAUGUUUGUUUUGCCAUAUUAAC